UUUGGACUUAAGAUCCAUGCAAGAAUUUGUAGGCCAGUAAAUCUCCCGAGUUCCCUGCCCCCACGACUCUUCAAAAGCCUUGUCAUUCAAAGGGUUAGGAUGUUUGACAAUCCCAGCUUGUACUACUCCACCAAUUAAUUGGAUACGUUGUCGGGAUGUUCGCUUCUCUCAUCUGCUACUUAGAAAGACAAAGGAUCGAUGGGGGGCUGUUGACACCUCCGCGUCCGGCCGGAGUAUAAAUGAGGACUCUGCGGAGGAGCAGCAUUCACUUCCCCGCUGCACUUGGAGCAACAACUUGUUUUCUGCAGAGACCUUCGAGAUCUGACUCUUCUUUUUUUGCGUUGGCAGAAUGCAGGUGCCAAACAGACCAGUCGGACUUUAUGGAUAUUCCGUGCGUAAUUACGCACCAACAUCGCUGUAUCCACAGCACCAAAGCGGCCAGUGCGCAUCGUCGACGAAGCCUCCAAGUGGAAAAUCUUUCACUAUUGAUGCUUUGCUCGCCAAGCCGGAGGACGCAAGCAGCUGCAGGACGAAUCCUACUCAGUGCGGAGAGAAAUAUCAACCAGCAGCUCCAGCUCUGCCUCUCACCGGACACGUAGGCCUACCGGUAGCAACAGCACCUUACGCCUACUCACCAAACAUGUUGCACUCAGCGUUCCACACACAACCCGGAUACUCGGUCUACUGCUGCCCGCCUUUCGCCUACCAGCCAUCGUGUCGUGGAGCGUUUUACGCACAAGCUUCCAUGUCCAAAGUCAACGCAGGACUGCAUUCGUUCAAAGCUAAAGGUGGGAAGUCCAAACGGAUGCGCACCAGCUUCACCAGCGAGCAGCUCUCCCGGCUGGAGAAGGAGUUUGCACGGCAGCAGUACAUGGUCGGGUCCGAGAGGUUCCUCCUGGCCUCGGCGCUGCAGCUCACAGAAGCUCAGGUCAAAGUCUGGUUCCAGAACCGACGCAUCAAGUGGCGCAAACAGAGUCUGGAGCAGCAGCAGGCCAAACUGGCCAAACUGGGCCUGGCUGCUCCGCCGAAAAGUCCCGGAUCCCAAGGCCACGGGGAUGAAGGGGACGAGGAUGAGGAGUUCUCCGACUUGGACGUGGAUAUUGACGUGUCUGAUGACUACACUGACCACUGUUGACCGGACAGUGGAGGAGAUCAUCAAGUGGAAAAGACCUUUUGUACAUACAGCUGAGGAAGGAGGCCUGAGACUCCGACGACGACUAUUUAAUAGAUGUAUAGUUAUAUAUUUAAUUUUCUACACUGAUUGCUCUUGGAUGAGUUCACUUCCUGUGUUCAGUUUUUGUAUAUUUGAAUGAAAUAUUCAGAAAUAUAUUUUAUGACAUUAAUGGAAACCUUGUCCUGUUCAUUCUUCUUCAGCCGCGAGAAGAUUUCAGAAAUGUUGGAGGUUGACAUUUUGAGUCACAAGAAAAUAAGAAAUCAGCUUUUAUGAUUUGCACAUGUGACAGGAAACACGUAACCUGAAAAAGGCCCCUGAAAACAUUCUUCUUGUUAAAGCAGUUAUUUCUCCUCAGGAUGUUUUGCUUCUCACUCCUUUGACUCAUCACAGUCCCAGUGAAGCAGAUGAGCUCAGUUUGU